AUGAGGUUGUGCAGCCGGGGGUUGAUGGAAGCCCCCAGGGCUGUCACUGUUCACAGCAGGACCAGGGGAAGCAGUGGGAACAUAACCCUGUCUCUCCAGUUCUUGUUAGACAUUGCAAGGCAGAAGAACCAGACCCCCCUGCCCCUGAUCAAGCCUUAUUCUGGGCCCAGGCUCCCACCUGACAGGUACUGCUUGACAGCCCCCAACUACAGGCUGAAGUCCUUGCAGAAGAAGGUCUCCUCCUCUGCAGGGAGGAUCACGGUCCCUCGCCUGAGCGUCGGGGCAGUGAGCAGCAGGCCCAGCACCCCCACUCUAGGCACCCCCUCUGCACAGGCCGUGUCUGUCUCAGCCAAGGUGGGCGCCCCGGUGUCGCUGACUGGCCAGAGGUUCACAGUCCAGAUUCCCUCUUCCCAGGCUGCAGUCAAGUCAGCCACACCAACAACUCCAACAGUUCAGAAUGUUCUAAUUAAUCCUUCCUUGAUUGGACCAAAGAACAUUCUCAUCACGACAAACAUGGUGUCCUCACAAAAUGCAGCUGCUGAAUCAAAUCCCUUGAAGAGGAAACAUGAAGAUGAUGAUGACUAUGACAACCUGUGA